AUGUCUCAUCCACCCUCACCUACCAAGUCAUCACAAAUUAUGGUGAAGCUUACCAAGUUAUCACAAAUCAUGAAUAACAUCAACAAGUACGACGCAUGUCUUAUUAUUGCAUUUGUGUUUGUGGUGUUAGCUGUCAUCGCUCUUAUAACUUUUGCUGUUGCUAACUCCGAUGAUUCACCAAUGGAGUUCAAUAUAACUGAUGCCUCAAUCACGCGGUUUAAUCUCGAAAGCGACAACACCUUAUACUAUGAUUUUAAGCUCAAUAUUACAGUGAGAAUCUCGAACUACGACCUUGACAGGAAUACGAACAAGAUCAAAGCCAUUUCUUCUUACAAAGGUAAUAAAUUUGCUGUAGUAAAUAUGGAACCCUUUGAUACAUCUUUUAAGAAGUCUAUUUCGCUUAAGCCUGUCGUGUUUUAUGGGAACAGUUUGAUCAAACUCGAUGCUCAACAACUUCUUGAGUAUGAUAAUGAGACACGGUUGGGGAUUUUUAAUUUAGAUUUGAAAUUAAAUAUGGAAUACAAUGAAUAUGUUUAUUGUAUAGGUAUGAGAGUUCCUUUGAUUUCCAAUGAAAAAUUAGAAUCCUUCAAUGUUACUAAAUGUUCCCGUGAAUACCAGGGAUGGAGCUAG